AUGACUAGCUCAUCCUGUCGUAACAUCCUUGUUUUUCUGGAGGAAAAAAUGUAUCUGUUUGCAAACUACCCACUGGAAAGGAGUCUUCAAGAUUUCCGAAAAGAUGUCUUGGGGCAAAUCAGAGAAAAGAAGCAUUCGUCCAUUUUGUUGGGGCUUAUCCACGAUGGAAGCAUACUCAAGGACUCUGAAGCGCCAAUGAGUGCGCUGCUUCUUGGCAGCGAACCGAUUAUACACGCCACUGUAGUCCCGGUCACGCCUCCACUGAAGCCUGUUACUAUUUUUCCCGGGUCCCUGAGCGACCUUUAUCGAAUAUUGCAAGAAACUCUUGUCCAGGCUCCUCUAGGGGAACAGACAGGGUCGUCGUCUAAUACGCCCAGUGCAACUUAG